AUGGAAGCGUCCGAAGAUCUGGGCCUUAGUCAAGUUACCGAGUCAUCAAGCGUGAAUGCCACUGCUUCGAUCGCUGGUCCUCCUGAUGCCAAUGCCGAUCAGGAUGCUUCCUGCAAUACUGCUAAUCCUCUGGGCGUUCAGCAGCGAAGGAAAAACGCACUGAUCAGCAUAUGGCAUUUCCUCAAUUCUGAAACUUGCAGCAUAGUUUGCCUCCUCCUCCUCUUCAUCAACACAAUCCAGCUGUAUCUCUUCUUCCUCUACAGUCUGCUGGUUAUGCCAUUGCACACCAGCCGCAUGCUGAGGGCCAACAACCUGGAGUUCAUCAUCAGCCAGCUCCCAGAUAGCUAUAUAGACUACAAUUUCUUCGAGAGCCUGGGCGUUCUAUAG